AUGCAGCAGCCCAAGUCCGAGAAGCACAUAGGGCGCGAGAUAGCGAUACCCAUUCAAUGUAUCCAAACGGAAACUGAGAAGACCAUCGAGGUGGCGAGCGCGGUGUACGUCCGCCUUCUGCACUCAGCCUCGCCCUCGUCUUACUACGACAUUAUGACAUUCCUAUCUCUGCAUUCACCGACCGCCGGGACUGAUCACCUUGACAAAAUCAGCCUGAAAGAGAAUGCAACUGAGGAUUGCGCGGACAUCCCCGACUCGGUUGUCAUCAAUCUAGUCCGCCGUGCCAAUGAUGAACUCCGUUCCAAAGGCACUGUCUCGCUCUCAGACCAGGAGGAGCGAUACUACGCCGAAGUAAUAAGCGAAAUCCUCAUCUACGACCGGGCUACCGGGAGGCGAGGGCUCGCGGACCCGGAGCACGCGAUUGGGAUAGCAAAAAGGAAGCUUCUUGCACACAAACAAGCUGGAAGGGCCGGUGCAGGCCAUCGCCAAGACUCCAUUAUUCGUCGUUCCCCGAGCCUCGGUCACGGCCUUCCGCCACCGCCCGGCAUUUCACCAAGCGAGGCGAAAAAGCUUAUUGGCUAUACCGGCAUUGAUUACGCCUUGGAUUAUGUGUUCGACACGGUAUGCGACUGGCUCUCUGUACUUACCGCCGGUGUCAAAUCUACCCUCGAAAGCGGUGGCGGCACUCAGGCGUUCGAGCCUAGCAGUGGUGAAGACCCUGCUGCGCCACUGAUCAUGACGCAGGAGUCCUUGGGAGAUCCGUCUGGUGUACACCCAACCUUAUUGCUACCCUGA